CAUGAUACAAGAUACAUUAGUAGCACCAUAGCACAGACUGCACCUCCGCUGCUGCCUGAGUCACUGCUAUGCUACACCAUACCUAGCGGCCGCGGCAGUGAGGCGGAGUGUGGCCAGGGAAGUGCCCUCCCCGGAUGUGUGUGUGCGGGCUGCUGAAGGGAUUCGCGAUCAGGAGGAGGAAGGUGGGACUGGGAGGAGUGCGGGCACUGCGAUCUGCUGCUCCGGGCACCGCAAGCGUCUCCCCGGUAGGACAUGCCGACACAGAGGGACAGCACCAUGUCCCAGCUGGUAGAUCACUCCCACCAGGUCCGAGUCAAGGCGUACUUCAAAGGGGACAUCAUGAUCACACAUUUUGACCCCACCAUCACCUUUGACGGACUAACUAAUGAAGUGCGAGACAUGUGUUCCUUUGACAAUGAGCAGCUCUUCACAAUGAAGUGGAUUGAUGAAGAAGGCGAUCCGUGCACGGUGUCCUCACAACUGGAGCUGGAAGAAGCUUUCCGCUUGUAUGAACUAAAUAAAGACUCUGAGCUGCUAAUACAUGUCUUCCCCUGUGCUCCUGAGAGACCCGGAAUGCCCUGCCCUGGAGAGGACAAGUCCAUCUAUCGACGUGGAGCGAGAAGAUGGCGAAAGCUGUACUGCGCAAAUGGCCAUACUUUCCAAGCCAAGAGAUUUAACAGACGUGCGCACUGUGCCAUCUGCACUGACAGAAUAUGGGGACUAGGACGACAAGGUUAUAAAUGUAUCAACUGUAAGCUGCUGGUUCAUAAGAGAUGUCACAAGCUUGUUAGCAUUGAGUGUGGCCGACAUACAAUAGCGGAACCUAUCAUGCCCAUGGAACCUUCAGACAUGCCUUCACAGCCAGAAUCAAAUUACAGGAGUCAGAAUAAUAUAGACCAGGAUGGGGAAGAGAAAGAGGCUAGGAACAGUGGCGACAGCGAUAAGGCCCCCUCCAGCCUGGGCUUGCAGGAUUUUGACCUACUCAGAGUCAUAGGAAGAGGCAGCUAUGCAAAGGUUCUGCUGGUACGAUUAAAGAAGACAGAACGCAUCUAUGCAAUGAAGGUGGUCAAAAAAGAGCUGGUUAAUGAUGAUGAGGAUAUUGACUGGGUUCAAACAGAGAAGCAUGUGUUUGAGCAAGCCUCAAACCACCCUUUCCUCGUUGGGCUGCACUCCUGCUUCCAAACAGAAAGCAGACUCUUCUUCGUUAUUGAAUAUGUAAAUGGUGGGGAUCUGAUGUUUCACAUGCAGCGUCAAAGGAAGCUACCAGAGGAGCAUGCAAGGUUUUACUCUGCAGAAAUCAGUCUGGCAUUAAACUACCUCCACGAGCGAGGAAUUAUUUAUAGGGAUUUAAAGCUGGACAAUGUCUUAUUGGAUUCUGAAGGGCACAUAAAACUCACUGACUAUGGCAUGUGCAAGGAAGGAUUACGGCCUGGAGAUACAACUAGCACGUUCUGUGGAACACCGAAUUACAUCGCUCCUGAAAUCUUGAGAGGCGAAGAUUAUGGUUUCAGCGUGGACUGGUGGGCACUAGGUGUCUUGAUGUUUGAGAUGAUGGCUGGGCGGUCACCAUUCGAUAUUGUUGGGAGUUCAGACAAUCCAGACCAAAAUACAGAGGAUUUCCUUUUUCAAGUCAUACUGGAAAAACAAAUUCGAAUCCCCAGAUCAUUGUCUGUGAAAGCAGCAAGUGUGCUUAAAAGCUUUCUCAACAAGGAACCAAAGGAUCGCCUAGGCUGCCAUCCACAGACAGGAUUUGCCGAUAUCCAGGGUCAUCAAUUUUUUCGAAAUGUUGACUGGGACCUUAUGGAGCAAAAGCAAAUGGUUCCUCCCUUUAAGCCUAACAUAUGUGGAGAAUUUGGGUUGGAUAAUUUUGAUGCACAGUUCACAAAUGAGCCUGUUCAGCUCACACCUGAUGAUGAGGAUGUGAUGAGGAAGAUUGACCAAUCUGAAUUUGAGGGUUUUGAAUACAUCAAUCCUCUCUUGAUGUCUGCUGAGGAAUGCGUAUGAUGAAUAGGACCGCUUCUGCCGCACAAAGGCCACAGCUAGAACACAGCCUAACAUGCUACUACACAUCGGAAAAAUGAAUAAACUAUAAACUUAAUGAGACUGUGUUUAAAUGUAAUGAAUAGUGGAAUAUAGUGACAUGUGGGGGUAAAAUUACUAAAGAUCGUUUUUUCAAAGUCAGCGGCUUUGAGGGCUGGGUUUAAAAGGGCAAUAGCAAUACAUGCAAAAUUCAGGCUUGCUUUGUGUGUAUUACUAUUGUCUCUUUAAAUUCAGCCCUUAAAGCUGUCUGCUUUGAAAAACCAAUCUUAGGUAAAUUUAUUAACGCAUUACGUAUUCCAUCUUAUACAGCAAUGAUCAUUCCUGUGUGGCUUUGGAAUUUUGUUCUCGUAUGGAGGGAAAGAUUCUCUGUGUACAGCUGCUUGAUUAUUUAAGAGCCUAUUAACAUUUUACUGGAAUUUCAGUGCCUCGUCUCUCUCUUUCCUCCAAUCGGAAAACUCAAACCUGCUGGACACUUAAGAUGGAAUGUAUUUAACGUGUGUACAUAAAUAUUUGAGUUUGUGCUUUCGCUCCCUUUCACAAUAUGUCCCUUUAUGUUUCCUUACACAAUAUUAUUAAGGGAAAUAAUGAAUACGUUUUACAGGCCCUGUCACUGUUAUUAAAUGGUAAUUUUCGGUAUCUGAAAGUAAUAGUAUUUUUCCUUCCAUGUAUGAGAGAAAUGAACUAGCCGUUCAACAGAGAUUGAAGACAUGCCAAAAUGACAAGGUUAAUGAUGAGUCCUUUUACACAUUAGCACUACGUUUUGGUAUUUAGCUGCAUAAAUCCUAUUUAGUUUUGAGCCAAAUAAAUCUGUUGGCGGCAUGGUAGGUGUUUAGGGCUGGUGAUGUAGAGGUUACAGAUCAUUCACCGCGGAACUGUUAAUUGUGAUUGUCAUAUUCAAAUGAAGACCACCAAAGUGACAUCAAUUAUUUGUAAUGGUCCUCAGGAAGAUCAGUUGUUCAAGGCAUGUUGUGUAAAAUGUAUGUAUGUUACAGAUGGUUAUGGGAGGAGAGAGAGAGAGCAGCUGGCAAAGGUUGUGCUUCGGACAAACAAACCUCUCUCUUGUGACUGAUUACAUUAGUCCAUGUAACUGUUGGGAAUUCAUGCUGCAAAAACAUUGAGUUUAGUGUAAUAUAUUGGUGCCAAAUUCAUCAUUUCUCUUAGAGCAUGCAUGAGUCUUAAUUGUAUUUGCUUGUUAUAUAUAAAUAUAUAUAUUUUAGUUCUGGAACGUUCUAGUAGCUGUUUGCCUUUUUUCUUCUUUUAAGAAUUGUGUUGGGCUCUUAAAAAAUAUCUUCCCACCGAUAGUGCAAUGGUUCACAUCACUAAGUGUCUCCAUUGUCUUCUGUGUUUUAGUUGUCUUCUAAUAGUAAAGUGUAAAUAUAGUCUAACGUUAAUAUCAGAAGCAUGGUCAGUGUAGCUAACAUUGGCUGUGUAUUGUCCGUGCUGGGAAUGCUGGCUUUGUCAUCAGUAGCUGCUGUGCUGUGCUUGUACUGGAGGUAGGGCUUCUAGUUUGAUUGAUUUUUUUUUUUUUUUUUUUUUUUGGGGGGGGGGGGAUCUACAUUCAAAACAUGGAAAUUUAAUCCAUUUUAAUCUGUCAGAUAUCCGGCAGAUGUGUUAAUGAGUUUCCCUGAAUAGUACAACGGUUCCUAGACAAGUGCAGCAUACUGGCUACAUUAAUGAAACAUUAAUAAACAACAAGGUUUGUAAAUCUUACACCUUUUGUUUGCUUGGUCACAUCUGUGCACAGUAGUAACAGUGAUAUAUUGGGGUUCUAAUUCUUAAAUUACUUGCCAAGUAAAUACUAUUUUUGUUUUUUAAUACCAUGUCCUUUAACGUAUGAUGCUAAGCUGCAUGUGCAGCCAGUCAUCUUUAUCAGGGGCUCCUUAGUGCUUAUUCUUGGUUUUUAACAACUGUGGUUACAAUUAACACUUUUUUUUAUUACUUUAUAUUUUUUUUACCGUAGAUUGUUUUGCACUGGAUGUAUAAUUCAAUAUUUGUUAUAUUAUAAGGAACAUCAUACAUGUGGUUAGAUCAAGUAAUCCAGAAUUGGAUAAUGUUCACUGGGUUUAAAUUGCUACAAAAUGUUUAUAACCAAAGCAUUAUGAGGCUUAUUUAUCAAUAACUUGUGCCAGAGUCUCAUUAUUUAUUCAAUGUUGUGAGUCUCUAGUUCACCCAGGUUGUAUGUAACCGAUAGACUGGGGAGUUAUGUGGUUAAUGCAGGCCUCAUGGUUUGCAAUAGCAAAUGAACUCAUUCACCCUACUAUGUUACUCACAGACAGAUACAUGCUUGGAAUGCUAUUAAUGGAGAUCAUUGCGUGUUACCUGGCAGCAGAAGGAUCUAUGUCUGACCUUUGUGAAACCUUUACAAUAAGUUGCACCGCCUACUUACUGCAAAACAACACUUAAUAAUCUUAAGGUGGCUUGAGGGAGUUUGGUUGCAGUGGACAUAUGCAAAUUUUAAAUUCUCUUAUCUUGUGUUUGAGGCUUUAAAUCCUAUCAUUACAUGACCGAAAUCACCAAAUGAUUCCUCUAUGUUAAUGGAUUGAUGUUACUGAUAUCUUCUUUUACAUUUUUUUUUUAUCCUUUUAUAUUUUGUGUCUUUUUACCUUGAACUGUUCCUUGUUGUGUAGGAUUGUAAGUUUGUAUGCAUUUUUUAUAUUUGUUUCAUUGCACAAAACAUCUCCUUUUAUUAUCACAAAUAAAUGUUUUUAUUGUUUCUUUAGGGUGGGGGAUGUUGUUUUUAUUCUUGUUGUUGAAGUCCUAAACUCCACAUUAGCUAGAUUCAUUUGGCCUUAAUUAGCCAUGAAAACAAAAAAUAAUUGGUAGAAAGCCGAGGUUGAAGACCCAUUUGAGAACAUAGCUUUUUUAUUUUAUUUUUUUAAAGGGAAAAUAUUCAUCUUAUUUUAUUCAUGGUCCACCAUUGAAAGCUUUAAGGCCCUAAACAUGACCCCACAGAACACUUAUGCAGUGACUGUAUAUUUGAUAGCUAGUAGUACAAGACCGAAUACAACUUCUGCAUAAUUUUGGUGUAGUGCUAUGAAACUGUUCUGAACAUGCUGAUUUUUAGGCAGGAGCUUAGAGCUUGUAUAGUGCAUUAUUUUUAGCUGUUCUGCUGUGUGCAGUCCAUUGUAAUACACUGUUCCAGAAACUGUGCACUGUAACACUGUCUGCAUGUAGCGACAAAAACACAAUGUGAUAUGUUAUGUAACUGCAAUUUUUGUUUUAUUUUAAUAAAAUCUUUAUAUGACGUACUGAA